AUGCAGAUAUCAAGGGCUGCUGGAAAUAGUGUAGCUGUGGAAUUGAGGGGACCUGGGGACUUCAAGGCGACAAAACCAGGUGGUGACGAUGACAAUUAUGGAGCGGCAAACUCACCCACCGCUUACGGGAGCUAUCUUGGUGUUCCGUUGACGGUUGACUCUGUCAUCAUUAACCUUGGAGUGACGCCAAAGGUGGGUGCAAAGGCGGUUCGUUCCUCGGUUACCAAGGAGUCCGCAGCAGCCAGCCCUACGUCCGCCAUUGUCGCCUAG